AUGUGCUCGUACUUUUCUCUCCGCCUCAGCAAUUCUCAUUUGUAUUUCCACAUAGACCUCCCGAAGGGUGUUGGAAUCAGUAUAAUCAGUCUGCAAGCUGAGGAACUAAUCUACGCUACCUUUCUUAAUAUUAGAGUAUCAUUAAUCCGCUGCUACCCCACCAUUGGGGCAAAAUCUACUCCCUAUAUCUCUUUGGCUCAGAGAGGUGACUCCGCAUUGAAUUCCCUACAUCGUCAACUCUUAUCAUCAACAGAGUCUUCUGAAGGACUGAGUUCAGACUGGCGGUUAUGGAAACAAAGCGAUGUGGCUGAGCAUAUCGAUAAAUUCGAAAUGGAGCUUGAAGACGAUGCGAUGGGCCCGCCUGAAACAAUCUCUGCAUUUAAAGACGAGCAGAACAAUAGUGGCACAGUACCAUUGGAAUCAGUCAAUCUAUCCAUUGGAUGGAUUCAAGUUAGUUUAUUUUCUCUAUAUCAUCUGUCUAGACUUUAA